CACCUCGCGUUCUUCUCCGCCUCUUGUCCUCUUGGGUCCUAUCAAAAAUGUCGACAUUGCCGACGGAAAAAAAUUCCGAGAUCGACUCCUCCUCACCUCCAGCGCACAAAAAGGUCAAAAUGACUUCUUCAAAUGGCCAUGAAGUGGUGUACAGGCAGACCUCGACGCGUCGCGUCGUCAAUCUUAAACGACGAGCAAAACUAUCGAUGCUUCCUACUCUGCCUCUGGACAUUUUAUUUGAGAUAUUCGGUCACCUUAAUCCUCUGGAUUUGCUCAAUCUGACCCGGACAACGAAGGAGUUUCGACGCGUCCUCACCCACAGAUCAUCGACGACUGUCUGGAAAUCUUCGUUGGCUAAUGUUCCCGGAUUGCCACCAUGCCCAGAGGACAUGUCCCACCCUGCUUGGUCUAGCCUAGUCUUUGACCACUUUUGCCAUGAAUGUUUUGCGUCGAAUAUUCGCAACGUCGACUGGUGCAUACGUGUCCGGUUAUGCUCAAAGUGCGCUAAAACCUGUCUAUUAUCCGAAUCCGGAUUUGAUGAGAGUAACAAGAGCGACAAGAUCAUCCUUCGUUCUGUCCCAUUCCAUAGCUGGCCUGGCCGUCAUCCAAAAGAAAAAUUCUGCUUCGUCAAAGAAAAGGACUGUUUCGUGAAGGCCUUCAACGCCUGUCAAGGGAAAGACGCAAGGAAGGAAUUUUUGGCGAAGAGAAAAGCGGGCAUAAAGGCUCGUAAAGACCAUGCGAAAAAAUGUGCACAGUGGGCUGAUUCCUUGAGCGAAAACCGUAGCAAAGAGCUCGAGGACAUUCGAAAACAGAGGAGCAAAGCCAUCGAGACUAGACUGACGUCUCUGGGGCAUGGCCAAGAGAUUGCAUAUCUCAAGGAUCUCGAAAAAACCGGCUCAUGGUCUGAAAGGAGAGAGUUGACUCUCUUCUCCGACCAGUUGGAGGUGAAGCAGCCCAAACCUCUCACCGACAGAAAUUGGAACUCUAUCGAAGGCACCAUGCUGGAGUACAUGCAAGACGUCAAGACGCACCGCCUCAAAAAAGAACGAACUGAAUUGCUCAGCGCGCGACGAUCCCUCAUUGCAGCUGAAUGGCAUUCAUGUCGUUCUCCGCCGAAUGAGUUCCAACCAGGCCUGGUGGACGUAUGGCUAUGGAAGGAAAUGAAAUACUUCAUCGACCUCCCGUCGUGCAUCACCGUAACUACAGAGAUGGUCAGGAGCGCUAUGACGUCGCGCCUUCCCGCUUUCAUCACUUCGUGGCGCGAUGAAAGGUUGCUCGAGAUGUGGUGUAUGAUGGAUUGGGAAGUCCGCGGGGGAAAUAUGAGUCAUCUGCAGCUGGCGACGUGCGUGUUUGUGUGUACGGAUCGACGGGGGCUGCACCGUGAUAUGGGUGCGGCGGGGUCCGAUACAGCUGGGUGCAGUAUGUGGUUCCCUGAGUAUCUGCAUCACCCUUGCAAUUCGAGGUGCACGGUCUUUGAAGAGAGUGACGAGAGUAGGAUUGGGAAAGGGAUGUGCGACCAUAAAGAGCUGGGGCUGACGCACGAUUCGGAGACACGCAUGACGCGCAGGAGGGAAUGGUCGACGGACUCGUUGGUGUUCGACUUCAAGGCUUCGCGCGUCGUACGGAAGAUCCUUGAUACGUGCAACUUGAACCCAAAGAUUACAGUGGAAGAAUUGGACAAAGUCGAUCCACGGGUGGUCUGUCUCAAGUGCAGUUUUGGUGCCAAGUGUGAUGGGGGGAGGAUAUUCCCCGUUCUUACUUGGAGGACCGCGGUCCACCAUUGCAUGAGGAAACAUUGGGGAGACUUGGGAGUCACAUGGCAAAAGAUUUCUGACGAAGAGGCGGAGGUAGCGAGGGAGCUAGAGCAAAAAGAACCGCAGAGACGAGGUAUACAGCCACAGGCUAAGAAAAUUUGGCGCUGCUCAACGUGCAUGGGAACGUCGCUGGACAAUGGACGCCUGACUUUGGUGGAUAUCAAGGCACAUCUAGCCAACGAACACGAUGCAGAUACUCCGGUAGAAGGUGUCGACUACUUCCGUGCGCUUGACUUGCCUCCAGAGCAACCUUUGAUUGCGAGAAUGGUUCCCAAAGCUCAAGCCGUAACUUCAAGUUCAGAGUAAAUAGGGUUCCCUGUCUUCAUGAACGGUCUUGAACACUAAUACCAUCAUUGGACCUGUAUAUGCCACACAUGUUAUGCUAUGCAUCAAAUAUUCCUUCACAAUGUAUUUACUUACCGGGCGCUUGACAAUAAAAGUUGGAAGUGACUC